AGCUGUUGCAGAGAAAUGUCUUCAGCCAGGCGGAGUUCGUGUGCAGGUGGCCAAGUGAGAGCGCGGCAUUUGGUGAUUGCGCGCAGAUUGUGGAACAGUGUUCACCAAGAGGCAUCCAGGGCCGACAGCAGUACUACCACCGGCGCCAGUGCCAGCUGCCUCAGCAGCCGGGGGGGAGGCCCAUCGAGUGACAGCUCCUCCGGGCCCUCGUCGCCCCACCAGGAGGAGCCCGACCCACUGAGCGACCGCCUGCUGCUCGGACCACACAUCGACGAGUCACAGGGAGGACACCCGGUCAAGUUUGGCGAGCUCGUGCUGCUAGGGUACAAUGGGUCUUUACCCCACGGCGAGAAAGGUAGGCGGCGGAGCAAAUUCUUCCUGUACAGGCGGCCCUUCCCCAAUGGCAUCAAGAAGUCCAAGCAUUACAUUGUCAAGACACCGCAGUCUUCAAAGGCUGUGCUGGACAGCAAGCAGCACUCCAUUUCGUACACGUUAUCGCGGACGCAAGCGGUCAUCGUGGAGUAUGUGCUCGACGAGGAAACGGACCUGUUCCAGAUUGGCCGCUCCUCGGAGAGUCCCAUCGACUUUGUGGUGAUGGACACGGUGGCCGGUGGGGACAACAAGGCGGGUGCCUGUAGGGUCGCCCAGAGCACCAUCUCCCGCUUUGCCUGCCGCAUCCUGUGCGAGCGCAACCGCUCGCACCGCUCGUGCGUGUUUGCCGCUGGAUUCGACUCCUCCCGAAACAUCUUCCUCGGGGAGAAGGCGACCAAAUGGCAGCAGGACGGUGAGAUAGACGGCUUGACGACCAAUGGCGUCCUCAUCAUGCACCCGCAAGGGUCCUUCUGCGGUGGUGCGACACCCGGAAUAUGGCGCGAGGUGUCCGUCGGUGGCAACGUGUACGCCAUCCGCGAGUCCCGAUCGGCCCCCAAGAAGGGUGUCAGGAUUGAAGACGAGACGAACGUUCUGCGAGACGGCUCGCUCAUUGACCUCUGCGGAGCUACACUCCUCUUUCGGUCGGCCGAGGGACUCCUGAAGUCACCGACAAAGCAGCACUUGGAGGCACGCGUGGAGGAGCUGAACGCUGGCCGCCCCCAGUGCCCCGUGGGUCUGAACACCCUGGUGAUUGCGAGCCGCGCCACGCUGAGCCAGGGGGACAAGCAGCCGUACGUGUACCUGCACUGUGGCCACGUCCAGGGCCUGCACCACUGGGGACUCCCCGAGGGGGCCUCCAAUGUGCGCACCUGCCCGAUGUGCCUCAAGAAGGGUCCCGUGGUCAAGCUAUGUGUGGGCAUUGAGCCUGCCUUCUACGUGGACAACGACCCACCGAACCACGCUUUCAAUCCAUGUGGCCACAUGGCUUCUGAAAAGACUGUCAAGUACUGGGCCUCGGUGUCCAUCCCGCACGGCACCAACGGCCUUCAGGCGGCCUGCCCCUUCUGUGCCACCCAGCUGGAAGGGUACCCGGGAUAUGUGCGCCUCAUCUUCCAGGACCACAUCGACUGAUUGUUGCUGUUUACCCCCUCCCAUUCUUCUUGCUCUCGUGGGGCCUCGGCAGCUGACGGCAUUCGCGAGUGUUCGGAAGAAGAAGAAAAAAGCCAAAGGCGCAAUCACCCUCUCUCAGCUUCAACCUUCUGCGGUUACCACGAGAGCAGGAAGGGCUGAAUGUCGAUGGGAUGCCUUUGGUCCGUGUCCCCAUACUACAAUCCACCUGUCUCUCGAGGCAGGAUGUCGCAAGCAGCAGCGUGCUGCGCUGUUGUUCGUCACAUCGUCGGAUGAGGUCUGCUGAAGUCAUCGAGACUGCGGACAACCUCGUCAGUGGCGGCAGUCUGCAAGAACUGGGAGGAUGGUGCGCCGUCUUUCUCCGCUUUAGAUGGGGACACUGGAAGUUCCCGACGAGCGUGACAGAGCUUUGUUGUAAUGAAAUCUGCUUCCAUGCCAUGCCAACUGGAUCUAAUCGCGCACCUGGCUGCAAGUGCAAUGUCCUCCCAGUACAUGCACUGGUAGACACCUGGGAUGCACAAUAGUUGGAGCUGUGCGUGGUUUGGCGACCUGUGAAUAGUUAAACAAAACUGAUGACGAAACAUUUUGUUGCAAAAUCCUAAUGGGAGGCUUCGUAACUUAGAAGUAUCUUGCCAAAUUUAAUUUUAUAGGAAGUUGCGAUGGGACGUCUGAUGCAGUUUCAUCCUAAAACUAUGUUACUUGACUGAAGAAAAAAAAAUGUCAUGGUGGAUAGUCUUGUCUCGGCUUCUAGUUGCCCUGACAAGACAAAAUGCACCAGCUUGUGCAUUGCGCACCACAGGUGUGAAAUCGCAGGCUCUGGGCUGUUGUUUUGCACCAAGUGCAAUAUCGCACGUGUAGAGAAGAGUCACUGUCUUGCUUUGCCAUGCCAUAUUGACUGAAUCGGUGGUGCAUGGUAUCUAGUAGGGGGGGUGUGCGAAUAUUCGAAACUUUUGAAUAACGGAUCGAAUAGUCUUUGAAUCAAAUAGUCGCUAUGUUUGUAAAUGUCAUUUUAUUUCGAAGACUUUUCAAAUAUUUCGAAACGUCAACUGUGCCCAAGUAAACAUCGGAGCAAAAGUACAGCGAAUUUUCACCCCUGUGGGCAUAGUAUAGACAUAAAACGUGAGCAUGUUCCGGAGAGCCCUGUGGAUGUGAAGAAAGUACUUGUUUGCUCCUAAUGCUCCAUUUGUGCUUUUAGUAAACAUUUCAUAAUGUACCACGUGAUCGCAGGAACUUGCUUAUAUUAAGCAUGCUGGGAUAUUAACAUUGUUUUAUGUUAAUUCGAACGGCUGUUCGUUAUUCGAAAUCUAUUCGGAAAGUAUUUGUUAUUCGGGUCACUUCUGGUACCGUUUGAUUCGAUCUCAAUAAUCUCUAUUUGCACACCCCUAGAACCUGGAUUGUGGGUGAAAUUGAAGCCAGCUGUGACCGGUAACUUGUACCUUGUCAUUUGGUGUUGCGUGUUUUGUGUGGGGAGGGUGUGGGUGCUUUUGACAAUAUGCCGGGAAGUAAAUGGCUUGCGUUGCAUUGUAGUGAGCAGCAAUUCGGAAAUUGUGUUCACCGGAUACGUUAGCAGGAAGGCAUUCAUGAUGACCGCAUCUCUCUGUGUGUUGAAAUUGCGACGGUUUGCUUGAAGUCGGCAAGAAUCAUGUUUUUCAAUGAACUAUAACUUUAUGUUGCAUGGAAUUAAGCAGCAAAUGGAGAGGGUUGUUAUGUCAAAGGGGCAGCAGAUGGGAGCAUUUUUAAUGUGGAGUCUGCUGGAAGUUGUCUAUGGUGGGAUCGCUUAAUUGUUUGUGAAACUUGAAUGCCAGGUCGUGACGAAUUUCGUAGUGCAGAGAAGUGCGGUGUGCGCAUCUCGCUUGUUGAAACGACUGUGCCAUUUAAGAAACUGCCGACUGUUGUGGACCACUCCUCAAUAACCUGUUUUACAGUUUUGACUAGCCUCUGCUAGGAGGCGGGGGGGCAAUGUAUUUCAGGACCAAGUAGACGUAUAACAGCGCUAUACGCUACUGCAAAGGAAAUGUAAUGCUGCGGUGCACCUAGCAGUGAGUGUGCUUGAAGUUUAGUUGCAUGAAAAGGGAUUUGACCGAGCACAUGCUUUUGAAACACAGAAUCUCUUGUUGUGCCAAGUGUAGGAUUACUUCAGAAUUGAAAGAAUUGUUUCAUUGUAAUUCUUGGUGUUAAGAGUGGUUCUUCUUGUUUUUUGUUGCCCUUUGUUUCCUUGUUGCCUUCUCGCUACUGGUAUUCACUGCAAUGCCAUUGCACGAAAUAGCAUUGUGCAUGUGUUCUCGCAUUGUUGAAUCCUCUGGGGCGAACAGCACAAUUCAGACCAGUUGCCCUCAGACCGUGCUGUGUACUUUGGUGUCGCAAAGUUUGAGCCAUCUUGAGGUGCAUUGGUAUCGCUUUAUCUAAAGAACACCUUUGUUCGCAUUCAGCCAAAGGAUUUCUUUUUCAUUUUGUUGAAUACAAGACAUUUGGUGAGGGCGUGGCAAUUUCUAUAGCUUGAUUUCAUCAUUCUAGGCUUGGUUGAACAUUGAGCUUACAAGAGUUCUGCGAAAUGAGCUAUUGUGAGAGAUACUGUGUGCAAUCUUCAGAUUGCUCAUGUCCUUUGUUUUUUUUAUCUUAGUUUGAAUGGUUAAGUGACAUGUUUUCCUUAGUGGGGUCAGUUUAUAGAUUGUGCCUGUUGCUCCUUUCUUUCUCCUCCUCUGGUGUUUCCAUUUUGUGAGAAAUUCGCAGCAAGACAUUCCGAUCUUCCUACAUGUGUUGCGUGACUGCUGUGCAAAAAGGCACGGUGUGUUUGUUGGCUUAAUUGUUGAAAGAGGUCGCCAGAUAUCACAUUGCAGCAUCGUGUCUGCAUUUGAAAAUAAGUCAUACACUCGUCAUCAAGUCAUCAAUGUGGACUGCAUUUUCUUUUCACUUUCAUUUCAUCUUCUAUUUCACUGUGACAAUGCCAUUGGCAUUCACCAGGGAAAAGACAGACUUGUCACAACCUGUUGAUUAAAACUUGGAAGCCUAGCAUUUUAGCUGUAGUCGUUAGUGACAUUCAGAAAGCACUUCGAAAUAAUGCGGCAUGACUCCUGCUCUCCACGGCUCAGCCAUUCUGCUUGUGUAGUGCUCCUGGCUUGCCAUAAAUCGGGCCGGAUUCUCGACUGAGUGCUUAGAUGCUUUCACUUUUGAGUGGCAUGGCUUGAGGGUGACUCCUCGCCAAAUUAACGGGAGCCUUUUAGUGCACUCGUGACUUGAAAAGAACACUUGGGUGUGUGGUGUACUGUCACAAUGGCUUUGUCGCACAGACUUUUGUCACGCCUGCUUUUCGUCACGGCUGCUUUUUGUCACAUCCACUUUGGCCUCAGUCGAUCAACGCGUGCCGAAAGUGACGCCCUUGAAAGUGAUCGAUCGAGAAUAUGGAUUCAGGCUGGUUGAACAUGCGCACAACUUCCUUGUUUGCUUUAUUUUGAGCAUUGCUUCUCAACACAUUACCUUCUCCUUCUUCUGGUUUUAUCAGUUAUCUCCGUUCAACAUUAUGCAACGUUCCCCGGUCAGUUGCCCAUUCCUUGUUUCGCCUCUUGAUGCUUAGCUUUUUCUGGUAUCACCUCUUCACCUUUCCUCACAGUGACUGUUUCUUCCUACCUCUGCAGUCAGUAAGGUUGUCACGACUUGAUUUUGUGGGAAGAGGCGUCUGUGACGAUCAAAAAUGGCACAAGGUUAUUGCGUGCACGACAUGCAGAGAGUGUUAAAUUUUCGUUCCAUGAAAGGUAGGUCGUGUUUUUUUAGAGGAGUGCUUAAUAUCUUGAUAGUGCGUGGUUUCGCUUUUGGCAACCAGCACAAGGACAUGCACAGAUGUGCACAGACGAGUACAAAUGUACGCUUGCAGGGCGUCUUGAAAUUUUGCGUUCUCAUUGUGCAACAAAGAAGGAAUGUCCUGCUUCCUUUGUUGUGCCUGGUUUUAGGUCCAGAACCUUCUUAAAGCGACCAUCUGCUUCGGCAGUGCUGGAACCUAACGGCAAACCAUAUCAUAUAGCUGCUACCCAUAGUUAGUGAUUCAUCAACAAACGACCAAGGUUAAGGCUCUGUUUAUUUACGACUUGGCAACUGAUGGCAAGGAAUGACCUCUGUAGUCAAACCUCUUUGUAAUGAAGCUGUAGCCAACACAAAAAUACCUUCGUUAUUUCAAAUAUUCGUUAUAAGCAGGUAUUUGUUGCAUGCUGUUGUUGGUGAGAAACAUCUUGAAGUUUAAUUUGUUAUAUCCGAUAAUUUUUUGUAUUUGUGCUCCUUAUAUUGAAGUUCAACUGUAGGUUGUUGGCAAAUAAUGUCACCCAAGCCAAUUCUUAGGUUGUCUUUCUUGCAAAUAGGCUACUGUCACGCAUCAUGCAUCUCCUAAUUCUUACCGCAUCCCACACGGAGAUGGUCGUUGCAAGAUGGCUACCAGUUGUACAAAUCAUUCUAAGAGCUCUUGAGUGCCUAUAUGUUUGGCCAUAAUCGAAUAGUCAAAAUAGUAAAGCAUGAAAUUCUCAGAACACUAAUCAAGUGGUAGCUGGAAAUGGCAAACUUAUUUUCAAAAUUUUAAAUAGGGGAGCAGUUGUGAAAGUAUCGCAUAGUGGAGCACAAACUGCAAGCGAUACUUGCGUGAUUGUGGUUUCCUCUGUAGCAGGCCUAGGAUCUGCAAUGAAAGACUGGUUGUAUGUUAAUUGCUCGAAUGGCAUUGCACAGUUGUACGGGGGCAACUGCGAACAGAACUGGGUGUGGUUACAAUGCAGUGCAAGAAAAAUGUAGGCAUAACUGUUGGCGUUCUUGCAUUCGUCUUUUCAUCAUUGCCUUUUUUGUUUCAGCACUGUUUGAAGCUGCGCUUACUAUUUUUUCACUACAGCUGGGAGGUUGCCUGCCUAUAUAUAACAUCUGGUUCGAACAAUGCACCUUUUCCUUAAAAUUCGUAAAAUCCAAUGCCAUACAUUUGUUGGUUUAUUGUGCACGGUGAGUUGCAUUUUCGCAGUAGGAGUGAGAUGCUCGAGUCCUUUAUUUAUUGUUUUUAAUUAUUUACAAUGGUUUCUGGUGUCCCAUCUCGCAUCCUGGGUGUCGAGCAUCGAGGACUGCUGUCUUCCUUCGCUUGUUGUUAGAUGUGUCUCGCUUGGAAAGUGUGCGUUGCCGGCGGGUCUUCUUUUCCAGUUUUGAAGGGGUAGCACAAAACUCUCGCGACAAUCACAUGCUCUCUAUAAAGCUACGAGUGUGUCAUGGGAGGGAGAGACGUUAUUUAUGGCAUGUUUCUUUCUUUUCUUCCAGCCGUGUUUAUAGGAUAUUGUUUCAUGCAUUUUCUCUAGGAACCUAUGAGACGAUCUUUUUUGUUCAUUUCUUUUUCCAUUUUGGGUUCUUGUUUUUUGAGAACAUAUGUUUGUUUAAUUCUUGUGUGGUGGUUCCUCUAGAGCCUGUGUUCUGCGCUUGCCUGCAUUGAUUCGAGUUUGUGAUUUGUUCUUCUGAACUGUCAGUUGCUUUUCUUUUUAAGUGUGUGGACAUCACGGUUGCUUGUGGUUUUCUGACAGCGCAGUUUGUGUGCAUCAAUUUUGCCCUGAGGUGUGUGCAUCUUUUUCUUUUAAAUUGCAUCUAGCACAGGCAGUCUCUGUAGUUUACACACUUUUUGUUUGUAUGAAUGAAAUUUUCUAAUAGAAGUGUCUGCUUAAGCUGCUAGUAUUGUUGUGCACCUUUUUAUGGAAUUGUCAAAUUGGGAGGUGUGAUUCAUUCUUAUUCUACAUCCAAUUUUUCUCUCCACCUUUUCUAUCAUCAAUGCUUUCUCUACUUUCUGGUAUUGAGAUGUUCAUCAAUAUAGUCCAGAUGGGACUUUCAUGCAGCUGUAAGCUUGUACAAAUUAAUUGUAUAAAUUCAGUUGUCGGUGUCAGAAUUAGAUUAGAGCUUUUUUCAUUUGCAGUGCUUUUUUGUGUGUGAAUUGUCCUUUUCUGGAGUGCCAUUAAAGUUGACCAAUAUUUACGUGUCUCGCGAUAUACGCAGGAUUUCCCUCUCGGGCUGUUUUCUGCCUAGUUGUGAAUUGCCUUAGAAUUUUGAUUUUGCAUUUUUGUCUUGUCCUCAACCAGAAAGGAUAUCAUUCCAUUCAUGUUGCUAUUGUGUUGCAUUCUUUUUUCCUCGUUCGCAUUAUAUAUUUGCACAAACAUGUAGUGUUGCCAAAUUUGUAACAAGCACUUUCCAUACUGCAGCAGAUAGUGAAACGGAAUACUGACACUACCAGCAAGCCCCUAUUUAUGCAAUGAUUGAUGUUUACUAGAGGCUGGCCAAUAUUUUUGUUUCAUAGCAAAUGCACUGGUAUGACAUAUUAUUUAAACAAAUUUUUAAGAAUUUAAACACAGUUUUCAGCAUGGUGUGCUUGCAUUCUGGGUUAGGAAAUCUAAAUUCAGGAAAUAGCAGGAUAUGGAUUGCAUAUUAAUUUAAUUAAAAUUUUUGGUUUAGCCUUCACUUAGAGAUUUAGGAUCUUUCAUUGUGGAGUAUGAGUGACAGAAAAAUAUUUCAGCCUGCCAGUUAAAAUUUUAAUGGAGUUUGUGAGUUUGGGAUGGCUGUAGCUACGAGUGUACAGUAAUUUGAAAAUUUGAGUUCCCCUCUAAAUGUGGCCCACGAUUAAAAAUUUUAAACAAGCCUAGUUAACAGAAUGUACUUUUCAUGUAAUUGAAAUGAAAGUGGCUGAAAGUCGUACUUUAAGUUCGAGAACCGUUUCCAGUUUGUAUCUCUCGAAAGAUUCAUUGUGGCGGGUCGCUAUAAGAACUGUAUCUUGCAGCAAAUGAAAAAUUCAGCUUGCUGUGGCAUGCGGUGUGAUUGUUCCAGCAAGGUCCUGCUGCCUCUGUACUUACCAAAAUGGUUUUCUUAGUUUGUCAUUUCUCCUUGCCGUGUACAAAAGUGCGCUAUCCUUUUCAGCCCAGGUAUGAUUUUUCACGGUGCUUUCCAACGUGACAGGUGCCAGGCUAUGUAUUCGCUACAAGAAGUACAGCUGAGUGUUUGUAUCAAAGUUCCUCAGUCUUGUGUGUAUAUCUUCAGUUUUAGUCUUUGACCAGUUAGCCUAUCAACUGUACAGUGGAACCUGAGGCCACCCGCUGGCUCGUAGCAGCAGUGACGCUAAUUGGUGUCUCAAUCUGAGUAAUCUAAAAGCGAGUGCUUGAAAAUAUACCUCAUAGGCAAUUUUUAAAAUUAUCAACCAUUAUGAUUCCUCAAUCGCAACAAGCAAUGUGUGUGCCUGUCUGAGUUAAUUUCCGUUUCCUCACUCCGAGGGCUCUUUAUGUACAUAUAUUCGUGCAAAAAGUGCUUUGGUCCAUGAGCUUGUGCGUGUGCUUAGUUGGCAGGUGGAGUAGACACUUUCUGGUGUGCACAUUUUUUUUGUAUUAAAUGCUGAAGCAUGUUGUACGUUCAAUCACACUGUACCCUCUUUCCUGCAUUUUUUGUAAACAACUGUUUGCCACAGCGCAUGCACUGAGUUCAAGAGCAGAGGGCGGUGGUGGCUUUCUGUAUUUAUGCACUUUAGAAGAUAUUGUGCUGACGGGCGGAGUUUCCAGAAAAGUGAUGUUGCGAGAUACCCAAGUGCAGACUGGGAUGAAGCAGCUGCCUGCCCACUUCUCGUGAGAAUAAUAUCGGCAAAAGGUGCAUCAAAAUUACAAGUGUAAUGUCGUCCUGGGCAGCUCUGUGUCGGCUUGUUCAUUUACUGGCUUCUUUGAACUGUCUGCGGAAUCAACUGUGGCUGCAUGCACAUUGCGAUAGUAUUGGCAGUUUGUCCAGCCGACUGUUAUUGGCUCCAGAGGUGCAUUGUAACUCAACUGUUUUGAAGAGGCCCAAGGCUGCCCCCUGUGUAACUUUUACACCAGCAGAACGUUUCCAAUGUGCGUGCCGAAGUGUGCACAGAUCUAAUCAGUGAGCCACUUUUAUUGUGAACAGUGCUGAAAUAGACAAUAAAAAAGAAGCACACACACACCACUAAGCAUCAUCUACUCAUUCCUCCUAUCUAGUUUCUUUGCCGCUUCCAUUAAAGGUGCGUGACCAUCUAGCACACAAAUUUGCAGUCUCUUGGGUCUUGCUAAGCCAGUACGUAAAUUACCUUUAUUGCAGGCAGUCAAGGCACCACAUUAAGAGCUAUCAAAAAGAAGGCACACAUACAUAGUUUUGGAGUAGUUGGUAAUUUAAGGUGCUGCUUCAGUAUAAUAAGAAACUUAAUUCCAAUGACUUCCCAUCUGUGCUAAGCUUUCUUGGCGUCAAAAGCAGGCUGUAGAGCAUUGUGACCUGCUUUCUCACAGAAGUGCCGAGAACUGAGUUUUGUGUUGUUUCUUGGCUAUAUCUUUUCCAUUCUACAUUUGCCUGUACCACAACCAGAUUCACUGUUGCUGCUGUUUCACCCUCAUUUGAGCACGCAUUUUGCUUGGAAUUCCUGAACAUCGCAACCGUGCUUGCAUUUGGGGGUAGUGUGCGUAAGGGUGGCAGACGUGCCUCCUGCACCACUUUUUCUUGUGUUGUGUUCUCUGUGUGCUUAGGGUGGUGACAGUUGUUGGGUGCAUUGUAGUAGGAGGAGAGCACAUGCUGUUUAUUAGCCUUUCUCUUUUUUGGCAAUGUACAGAAGCAUGUUUACACGCGCACUGGACCCACUUUGUGUAUGAUAAUGUUAACGCCUCACCAACACUCGUCCCCUUUGCGUGGCCUCUCGCAUUGGUGUGGGCCUAUUUAUCGAAUGUAUGUACAAGUGUGCAUCUGAAGCUGUGUAGAUACUAUACCUUACUGCUGGUAUUUCCAUGUACCAUAGGAAAUAAAGAUCAUUUUCAACAAUGG